AUGCCUCUCCAGCAUGGAAAACAGCAGAUAUGGCCACAAUCGGAGCGUAGAGCGUCCUCAAUUGCCAAUUUCUUGCAAUUCGCGCAGGUUCUUGUGGAUCGUGCUACAAUAGGAAACUCGAAACUCAGCAACGGCUUCGAUUCUUGCCAGUCGGCUAUUUCGGAGAGUGCCACUGUCCACUAUUUCUCCCUUGUUCGAGCUUUGAGUUCGUUGCACCUUGAGGUCUUGAAUUCUCUUCCAGUCGGCUAUGUCGGAGAGUGCCACUGUUUCUCCUUUGUUCGAGCUUUAAUUUCGUUGCACAUUGAGGUCGGUCUCUCCUAUAAGUUCGUUGUACCUUGA